UUUGGCAUAACCACAUUCAGAGCUUAACAAAUGAUUUGUAAACUGUCAUUGCUUGGUCUUAACUUUACAAUCUUUUUUGCUGUCUUUUUUUUUUUUUUUUUCUUAAAGUGACAGCUGAUGUACCACUUCCUGGCCUUUCAGCUAGACACCUGCAGUAGAAUCACAAAACAAAACAGAUUUCCUGUUUUUGUAUUUCAUUUCAUUGUGAGCUCUGAAGACGUACUGAAAAAUGCUUCUUCUUCUUCUUCUUCUGCUGAGUUGGAGGAUUAUUACAGGGGUCGUGGCGGAGGACUCGUCAGUGACAUAUUAUCAACUGAGAAACAGCUCAGUGUGUCUGCGUCCUAGAAAACCACCACCGUAUAUUAGUGUGGUAUGGAAGAUUGGAGGAAAAGUGGUUGUUUCUGGUACAGGAGUCAAUCCCAACUUUGCAGGGAAAGCAGCUCUUGCAAACCACUCUCUGUGUAUUAAUGAACUGAUGGACACAGGUGCUGCCAUCUAUGAAUUAUCUUUAGUUGACCCAGACUUUAAUGCAGUAACAGAGAGACACCAAGUCAUUGUUGAAGAACCUGUUCCUAAACCAGAGGUGAUGAUAACAGUCCUUCACUCCAACCUGUCUGCUGGACUGUGCAGUAUCACAGUGAACUGCUCCAUCCAGGAUGACUGGCUGUGGUCCCUGUGUGAUGGAGAGAGCUGCACAGAUGCUCAAAAAUCAUUCAGCAAGGUCAACAUCAGCAUCUCUACCGACAACUCCACCGUUGUCUGCAGCGGCGAGAACCACGUCAGCAAAAACAACGAGUCUAAAAGCAUACAGAUCUGUUUCACUAAAUCUAAUCGUGAGAAACAGGAAUAUGAAGCAGAACCACUCCUCUAUUUGCUGAUAUGUUUAGUUUUAAUAGUAUUUAUAGUUAUUGCCACUGGAGCUAAGAAAUUACAUUCAACAUACUGUCAACGUGAGGCAGAGAGGCUUGUUCUUCAGGUAAUUCAAAGCCAGCCCAUGGGGAUAGAGCAACAGUCUGGGCCUAGAGACUCCACGUCCUCUUCCAGUCAAGCCGAGCCUUCUUAUGAGAACGUGGAUGUCACACAGCAGCAGCAAAAUGGCCUAAGAGAGGACCUGUGCUUCAUGGAAAACCAAGUAGAUACUUUGUACAGCAUUUUACAGAUGCCAAGUAAAACACCAGGACAUGAGAGCAUACAAGGGACUCUGUCUUCAGCGUCUGCCAGCUCGGAUGAGACAAAGUCGCCCAUGCAGGUUGAUACGGUGUACAGCAUGCUGCAGAAGCCAAACAAAUGUGGAGUCGCAGCACCACCAUGAGGUCAAAGUAGAUUCGACCCAAACACGCUGCUACAGCCUUCCAUUAUUUACAACACGUAGCUUAAAAGGCCCUCGCUUUUGGCCUACACUUUGGACAGGCUGCCAGUCCUUCACAGAGAGACAAAAACAACUAUUUAUACUCGCAUGCACACCUAUGGGUGAUUUGGGACGUACCAUUGACAUCUUUGGGCAACAGGAUUAAGCCUCAACAUCAGAAGAAAACCAGGCAAAGGGAGAACGUGCAAACUCAUUGACUGUCGAACCAAGAACCUUCCUGCUGUGAGGCGACAGUUGGCCACCACUGGGUCGCCUUGUUGCUCUGGACGUGGACAAUAUAGCAGCUGAGUGCUUUGCGGUUGUCAUGUCUCUCCCAAAAACUUCUUUGGUGUGUUUUAGUGGUGCUAGUGAAUCAUCCCAGGAAGAUUAAGGUAAGGCACUGGAUCUAGACUUUAAGUACUUAGGGUAGCACAAGUGUUAAAGUUGAUGCUGGCUAGUCACUGAUGACAAUAAAAACCCAGUAGAAAGUAUUAAAGAUUAAAAGAAAAAUGCAGUAUUUCUCUGAAGCUUUCUCAGUGUGCUGCCUCCAAAGGUCUAACAUCUUUGACAAUGAAAUUCACCAGCAAAGUCCACAAAUUGACCAGUUCGUGCAACGCAGGCGUACGGUACAACGUAAGCUCUGCGCAGAGCCACUGCAGAAGUAUACAGUAACCAGUCCGCGUAAGUUCCGUCGUCAGGUCCAGUUUCCUUCAGCUCAGAACAAUUUUUAAAAAUCAGGCAUUUCCCACCUAGAAACAGUUAUUCGCGCAUUCGUAUCACCCAGGCUGGACUGCUCCGUCUGCUCAGGUAUUACCCAGAACACCAUCUCCCAUCUCCAACUAGUGAUACACUUCAAAAUUCUUCUGAUUGUUCAUAAAUCCCUCCAUGGCCUCACCCCUUCACAUAUCUGUGAGCGUCUCUCCCCUUCCACCACCAUCAGAACCCUCAGGUCCUCAGACCGUGCUAUGUUGGCUGGGCCUGUUUCUGUUGCAGCCCCCCCGGCUCUGGAACAAUCUGCCAGAAGCUGUUAGGAGCUCUGACUCUGUUGAGGCUUUAAAGAAGCACCUUAAGACCAAGCUUUAUUCCUUUCAAUAGCAUUUGGUCCGUUUUUGGUUGUUAAUAACUUUUUAUUUCUUGAUACACUGACUCUGAUCUGUAUUUUAUAUGUUUUAUAAACGACAUGUUGCCUGUGAAGCACAUUGGUGCACAUGCUCUUGGCUUUUAAGGUGCUAUAUAAAUGAAAUAAGCUUAAAAGCUCAAAGGUCACCUCAACACCAGCCGGUCAGAAACUAAGCUUACAGCUCCCCCUCUGACCGCUCCCUGACCCCAUGAGAAAUGCUGCAUUAGAAACAGUUGUGCAGAGGUUCGUCCUCUUAGAAGGCUUCACACAGACGUACAUAGCCGUGUAGUCUUUCCGUAUGACGGUGUGCCUGUAUAAAUGUCACAACAAAGUAGAAUUUCCGUUUUGUGCGAAUACAUCACUGAUGACUUUAAGUCAUUUGAUCGUCCUCGUGAAAAUAAAGUCUGCCAGCAGUGUUCAUUUUAAAGUGUGUGUGUUUUUUCCACAAGAAAUAUCUUUUACACAAAUGAAUAAAUAAAUACAAAAAAAAAAAAAAAACGAUACACUGUUUCUACAUAGUCAACAGAGCAAAAAACUCCCAGGAGUUUCUACUUGUUAUGUUUGUUGGUAUAUUUCAGACACCAAACAAAAGUCACUAGUAUCUCUUUAAAAUGCCACCUGCCUUAUAGUGUGAAACUUAUUCUACUUCCUGCACAAACCACAGGAAACUCCCACAGUCACUUCACUUCUGAGAACACGGCAUUCAAAUGUAAAGGUACUGUCCUACCGUACGACACCGAUGCAACAUUAUUUCUUCAUUCAUUCAUGGCAUUUGUGGGUUGCGUUAAAAUAGAUUUUAACGAACCAUUCGUAAGUUCUCAUUUAUUGCUAUUUACAAAGAUAUCUCCUAGCACUUUUGCUGUGCUCUGCUGUACCUGUUCAACGAGAAAACUCACACUUCCUGUUUAAUGUUUUCAUUGUGGUGUAUAAUGUUUUUGUGCGUUUGGUACGUGGACUGUUACAUGUAAGAUUAAUGUUCUUUUUGUUUGAUUAUUACAUCUGAGUCGGUGACUCUACAGUGAAACUGAGAAGUGGUCAUGGUUCCAAAAUGGAAUUGUUGUUCACAAUACAAAAUGUUUUUCUGAGAUAUGUCGAAAGUGGAUUUUUGGAAUAAAGAUCCAAUAAUGAA